UGCAGGAUAUACUCACAGUAGAAAUCAUAUGGCUGAUGAGUGAAAAUAAUUUGUCCUAUUCGUUCAGUAAACAAAACAAAAACGUAAUUUAGUAGAUAUAUUUAUAUAGAGGAAGCAUUCUGUUUGAUAUUUUGGUUUCUGUUCUGGAUUACAAAGUAGAAAGAAGCAGGAUGAAACAUCAAAUACUAUCACUGUUUUCUCCAGGUGCAAUAAUUUGCCUUUCAGGACUUCUCUCUUGGUCUGGAAACAGCGCAGCAGACAUGCUUAUUGAAGUGGAUGACAUUGAUGGCGAAGUCAUAUUGAGUUGUAAAGGAACUGAUAGGAAAAUAGAGUGGAAGAAGAAUGAUGAAAAACUUAAAUUGGUGGAAACGUCUAACUUGAACCACACACUAAUUGCUGGAUCAGUUAAUGACGAAGAAAAUAUAAAUGGAUUUUAUGAAUGCGAAGACGAAGAAAAAAAGUCUGCAAAUAUCUACCUGUUUUAUCGAAGAUGUGAGAACUGUGUGGAGAUGGAUGCAAGCACAAUUUCUGGGAUCGUAGUAGCUGACAUUGUGGCCACCCUUCUUAUUGCUGUAGCUGUUUACUGCAUAUCUGGGCAAGACAAGAGCAAGACCUCCCGAGCAUCUGAUAAGCAGAACUUGAUUGCACAUGAUCAGUUGUACCAGCCACUGAGAGACCGUGUUGAAGACAGUUACAGCCAUAUUGGAGUUGGACGACGCAAGAAUUGAGUGAUAGAAUAUGUUGCAGCUAAAUUUGACAAAGCUGUUUUAUGCUGAUUGUUGCUGCAGUCACAGUUUUAACUCUUAUAUUUCUUAAAGCAAUGCAAUAUAUGCUUGCUAUUUAAUACAGACAUGGAACCAUGAACUUUACAAAUUUUUAUAUCACUCAUAAUUUCCUAUAAAGUGAUGAGAAUAUUUUCAUUUUAUUUUCAGGUUUCUGUACCAUCUCUUGUUUACCACAGCACAGAGUAGGUGGAUUUGCCCUGUAUGAAAUGGAAAAUAAGAAGCAUAUAGUGAGCACCUGUUUUAUAUGGAUAAUAGAGCUUUAUGGAAAGAGUCCAUAAUUACAUCCUUUUUUUUUAGAAAUUUUGUUCAUAAAAUUAGUUACAUAAAAAUGCAAUCAGAAAUUCAGGUGAAUUAUAAAAUGUACUUUUCUCUAGUAACACAAGAAUGUAUUGUGAUUUAACAGUUUUAAGUGAUGCAUCAGUCUGGAGAUAUAUAAUAUUCUCCUGUUUCACUUUCUACCAUUCAUUUUAGUGUGCCUCAGAAUUUCUAGAGGACUGUAUGACUUUCAUUUUAAUAGUAAUAUAUGUGUCAUUUCAUUACAAGUGCAACAGCUAUAAGUUUUGUCUUUUUGUUUUUCUUAAUUUUGCUGGUGUCCUACUAACAUAUGUAUAUGUAAAUAUGUUAAUUUUGCCAUAAUAGACUUCUUUACUGAGUUCCAUUAUUUGUCAAAAUGUUUGCAUGUUAUACCUGUAAACUGACCUUAAGCUGGUUAAAUAAUACACAAACAUUCUGGGCUUGUGCGGAAUAAAGUUUGAUUUCGUUUAUUUUGA